UACGCCGAGCCACCCUACAACCGUGGGUCUCACCUAAUUGUUCACUCUUCUCUUCCCCAGAUUUUGGCCGCCAUGCGCACGCUCUCGAUCAGCACCUCCGUCCUUGGCUCCUGCAAUAGGAUAUCCGACAAGUGCGAGUGUCUCCUCGACGACAACGUCGGAGUGCUCGCCUCUGGCGAUCGACCGAUACUCUGUACGACACCUGCUCAAGGCGGCGAAGUCCGGCUCGCCUUGAUCCGACACGGUGGAUUAACCUCCUCCGCAAACCUAGCUUCUUCGAUUGGAGUUUCUCAUUUGCCGCCGCAUCGGAUCAAUGCUGCCAUUGGGCGAGGGUAUCAUAGUUUGUCGGGUUCUCACAAGCGACUACACAUCCCAAUUUGUCCGACGAUACCGGUGUUGCUUAUAGAAAGUAGGGUUGUUUCAAAUUUGACUGUUUUGGUUUAG